GCUUAAACCCUUAUAAGAGAACUCGUUACACCCUAGGAUGUAAAUUCUAUCCCACCUGUUUCAUAUUUGUAUGUUUGAUUGCUGCUUGCAACACCUAGCAGUCAACAGAGAGCGCAGGAAUUAUGUGUUUUGGGCGGAAGACGAGUGGUUAGACAACUAAGUGGGUGGAAAUGGGCUCUGUUGUGUGGGGCUCACAACUCCAGGCUUGCAGCCAAGUACGCCUUGGGCAACUAAUUUGAAUGCCGGCACAGAAAAGUGCUUAAUUAUUGGGCAAAGGCUAUUUUCCUUAUUUUAGACUGUUGGGGUUUAACUGUAUAGUGAUUAUGGGAAUUGAUUGCAAGUAGAGGGAAAAAAAAUGAGCUUUCAAGAUCUACAGACUAGUCGACCUUUGCCGAGAAGGCAAGGCGGGAGUGCAUCCGCGCAGCAGCCGAGCUCAUCCGAGGCAGUUGCAGGAGGUGUCUUCCAAAUUAACACUGCAGUAUCUUCUUUCAAGCGCCUGGUUAAUGAUCUCGGCACACCGAAAGAUACUCCUCAACUUCGAGACAAAUUGCGUACGACUAGGCAACAUAUUGGACAGCUAGUGAAGGAGACAUCUGCAAAGCUGAAAGCAGCCAGUGAAAGGGAUCAGAAUCAGGAAGUUCCUGCAAGUAAAAAGAUAGCAGAUGCAAAACUUGCUAAAGAUUUCCAGGCUGUACUGAGAGACUUUCAGAAAGCUCAACAACUUGCUGCCGAGUGUGAGACAACUUAUCCAGCAGUUGUUCCCCAACCUGCUGAAUCUAGUUACACUUUAAGUGAGAAUGAUUUUAGUGCAGAAGUUGAUCAGGAGCGGCAGAAUCUCCUUCAACAACAGAGGAGGCAAGAAUUUUUCCAAUUAGAAAAUGAAGUGGUCUUUAAUGAGGCUAUCAUCGAAGAAAGAGAUCAAGGAAUCAAGGAGAUUCACGAUCAAAUUGUAGAAGUCAAUGAAAUUUUUAAGGAUCUUGCCGUUCUGGUUAAUGAACAAGGCGUGACGAUUGAUGACAUUGGUGCUAAUAUCGAAAGCUCACAUGCUGCAACUGUACAAGCCAAAAGUCACCUUGCUAAAGCAUCUAAAAGUCAGAAGUCCAAUAGAAAAUGCCUGAGUUGCUGGGUGCCGCUUGUAAUUUUAGGUGUGGUGGUGGUGGUUGUGGUCAUAAUCCUUCUCGUAUAACUGGAUAUCUCUUAGCUCAAGCAAAUUGUAUUUCAUUGUGCAUAGCAAACUGUUAAGAGUAACUUGAGAGUCUGGAAUUCGAUUCCUAUCUUAUCUUUACAGGCAUUCUAUUCAUGUUUUGCGAGAAAGAAACUCGAUUUGUUGGUUCCAAAGCUUGUGUACAGACAUCUAUUCAUGCUCUGCCACAAAAUAACUAGCAUCAGUUUUCAAGGUUUGGGUAGAUAUCUUCAUUAAUUAAUUUUAUAUUUUAUCAGAUUUCAAGAUUUA